ACGGAAUGUCCGCGCCCACCUGAUCCUCUGCACGGAAGAGUUCUUGGCACAUCACUGACAUACCAAUCAACUGUGACAUAUUCGUGUAAAGAAGGAUAUCGAUUAGUAGGACAAGUGCAGCGUAUUUGUCUUGCCGAAGGCAUAUGGGCAGGAGUAGAGCCGAAAUGCGAAGAAAUUCGCUGCCCAAAUUUACCUCCGCUCAGUAACGGAUAUAUCGAAGGAGGCGAGACGUACUAUGGGGCCGUAGCUACGUUCAGGUGCCUUGAAACAAUGUCUCAUGAAGGGGCGACAAUGGCGAAGUGCAUGGAGUCAGGGCAAUGGAGUCAUCCCAUGCCGAAAUGCCUUGGCUCCUGCAAAAUUCCACGCGUGGAAAAUGGUCGCAUCAAAGGCAAAGUGGAAAACCAACUGAUCGCCUCAGGUGCCACAGUGGAAUUGCUUUGUGACCAACGACAUGAGGCCAAUAUGCAAACGCAGAUGCAAUGCCACAACGGAACAUGGAGUCACGUGCCCAUCUGCUCACCGUUGAAUUGCCACGACUGGCCGCCUCGUGUGGCACAUGCUCGGGUGUUGUUCUCGAAAUCGUCCCAUGGAGCAAUCGCCAAGUAUGAAUGCAAUGGAGGCUACUACCCCAAUAAAGAAAAGCAAACCAUCAAAUGCCUGUUCGGUCAGUGGACAAGAGAGGGUGGACCCUCAACGUGGUGUCAUCACCCAUCACGAACGUUUGGAACAUUGGCUGGUGGCCAAAUCUUGCUAGAAGGUCAAAUGGGUGCUUAUGAAUUUGCAAAGUACAUCCAAAAAGUCGACGAGGGUCGGUCGAUUGUCUUCCAAUGUCGAAAAGGCAACUAUUUGAUUGGA